UUCAUUUAGAAAGAAAUCACACGUACCCUGGCACUGUAAGCCUACACCACCGCCGCAAAGGAGUGGAAUACUGCCGCCGUCCGUCGCACUCAAAGUUCGCCAUCCGUCAUCUAGCUUCCCUCGUGCUCCAAGUCUUCAACCCCUGUUCGCUGUCACCGUUCGCGGCUGCUUCCUCGAGCUCGGCGUCCGUCGUCUUUGUCUGCUCAGCAGUCCUUCCGUCGUCGUUUGUUUGCCGUUUACGUUCACGUCUUCGUUCAGCUGUCGUCUUCGUUCGCGUUCUUCGCCGUUCAGGUUCGCUCGGCAUUCACCGUUCGCGUUCACUCGCUGUUCACCGUUCGAGUUCGCGUUCGUCUGGAAGCCACGUUGCUCCGCUUCAAACUCUGCGACCAACCCGCGCGCUCCACCCAGCCGUCGAACUGCUCUCUUUUGUCGCCGUUUAGUGUGAUUAUUGGUUAAUGUUUUGUAAUGUUUCGUGCUGAAUGCUGAUUGUUGAGUUCAGAUAUGGUUGUUUAUUUUGACUUGGUUCAAGCUUUGAUUUGAUGCAGUUGUCAACCCAGAACUAUUUCAUGGCAUCGUCACGCGCCACGCGAGUCUUAUCACUCACCCGAAGGCCCUUUUCUUCUUCUUCUUCUCUCAAAUUUGAUGCUGGGGUUUCCAUGGUUCAGGGAGCUUCCAGAGGAAUUGGCCUUGAAUUUGUAAAACAGCUGCUAGAGAAAAAUGAUAAAGGGCAUGUUGUUGCUACUUGCCGAAAUCCUGAUGCUUCAACAGGUCUUGCCCAGCUCAAAGAUAAAUUUGCUGAUCGUCUAAAACUUUUGCCCUUGGAUUUGACUGUUGAAACUUCAAUUCAGGCAUCUGCAUCGUCAGUUAGAGAGACAUACGGCCAUCUAAACCUUCUCAUUAAUGCGUCUGGCAUUCUUUCCAUACCUCAAGUAUUACAACCAGAGACAUCACUCAACAAAUUGGAAAAAUCAGCCUUGAUGCUUACGUAUGAGAUUAACGCCGUCGGUCCUAUCUUAGUUAUCAAGCACAUGUGGCCUCUUCUAAAAGUUGGAGGUGGCUUCGGCACUGAAAGAAGUACUGCAGUGGUGGCCAGUUUGAGUGCAAGGGUUGGAUCUAUUGGGGACAAUCAUCUUGGUGGUUGGCACUCGUAUCGAUCUUCAAAGACUGCACUCAAUCAAUUGUCAAAGACGGCUGCGGUUGAAUUUGCAAGAAAAAAGGAUCCAAUUGUCUGCAUUUUACUGCAUCCCGGCACAGUUGACACCGAUCUCUCGAAGCCAUUUCAGAAGAAUGUUCCGAAAGAGAAGCUCUUCAGCAAAGAGUUCUCAGUGCAAAAGCUGCUAAGCAUCAUUGACAAUGUCAAGAGUAAUGACAAUGGCAAGUUCUUUGCUUGGGAUGGCCAAGAAAUUCCUUGGUAACCCAUAUCAAUUUUUUUUUUAAAGAUUUAUUUAAGUAUAAGAUGUAAUAAUGAUAUCAGUGACUAGUGUUGAAUUCAUUGAUUCAUUGAUUAUUCCUGAACAUAUGCUUUUGGUGAAUAUCAAUAACACUCUUCUUGUUUCACAAUAGUAUAAUGCACUUGGUUCAUUGUUUCACUA